AUGGUGAAGACGCGGGAGCUCGCAGAUCACUACUGGCAGGCAUCCAAGAAGUUCUCCGAGCCAUACAUUGCUCGGAUUGCCGCAGCGUCUGAACCUCAUCUCUCUAGAGCGCGCGUGGUUCUUGGACCUUAUACGAAACCUGUCAUGUCUGCCUGGACAGGGCUUGUCGCGCCGACGAGCAUGUACCAUCGUCAGGUUCAGACAGGAAUCGGCCGCUUCCUGGAGGGCAACGAGCUGCUGAAUCCACAUUCAGCUCAUGGAUUGGCAUGGUGGAUGGCGUCCACCUUGUUUGUGCUACCGAUGUUCGCCAUCUACAGGAUCUUCUCGGCCACUGUCCGCAAGAAAAUUCAGGAAAGUCCUGACAGAGGAAAAGGCAGACGAUCGUCUGGCCGCAAGCACACGCGCAGGGUCCACAAGUAGGGGAACCACGACAUGUGGUUCUCGUGCUGAACGGUAAGCUUUAGACUAGUCACAGACUUAAAGUGGCUAAUGUCGUAGAUUAGUAUAUAUGA